UCCUCCAUAGAAAUCGACAUCGCUCAUCACAAAAACAAAAUAUAUCCAGAAGCCUGAGCUCUACUAUUAACCCUAAUAAUGUCUACAGAGAAGAAUUGCGGAUCGAAGAAAGCCGAGGAUCGAGGAUUGCUGAUGCUGAGGCUGCUCAUUGGGAAGCUAGUGCACAAGGGUCUCUCAAUCUUGGCAUCAAGAGGCCUUCAUGGUCACCACCAUCGUCACAAUGAUUUCAACGUAGAAUCGGAAGCUACGAUGGUGGUGCCGGAAGAUGUUAAAGAUGGACACUUCGCAGUUUUUGCUGUCAAGGGGAAUGAAGCAGAGAGGUUUGUGGUUAAAUUGGAGUCGUUGAGUAACCCUGAAUUUUUGAGGUUAUUGGAAGAGGCCAAGGAAGAGUAUGGAUUUGAUCAGAAGGGUGCUCUUGCAGUUCCUUGCAGGCCUCGAGAAUUGCAGAAAAUUCUACAAAGCUGCAGGAGGAAAAAUAAUAUUAAUUUUACAGUUACACAAGGAUACUAGCUAGCUUCUUUUGCAGAAUUUUAUGUAAAUUAUUUGUCUAAUUAUUCCCUACUUUUCUGUAUUUUUUUGCACUGAAUGUAGAACAAAGUUCUACAUGGUAAUAAUGAGAAUUUCAUUUCAUUUUA